AUGAACAGCCACACGGCGGCCAUCAACCUGCAGCACCCGUCCGGACAGACAGCGGUGGUCGGGCACCAUCGGGGCUUCUCGUCGACGGUUGUCGCGGCCGCCAACUCUGCCGCUGCCGCGGCCGCCACCAGCGACUGUCCAUGGUUCAUGCCACACCAGAUGCCUCCGACGGCCCCGGCACGCCAGCACAAGCGGCCUGCCCCCCAACCGGGGGGCGGUGGACCAAUGGGCGGCGGUGGACAUAACCACAUGCAGCCGCCGCAUGUAAAUCCGAGUCUCAGUUCCCUCCACCAUCCGGUGCAGCAGCAGCAGCAGCAGCAACUGGUGAUCGGUGCACAGUCAGCGCAACCACCGAUACCGCCGCAUCCUGUCGCCGGCUCGCUGAUUGCCACCGUCGCCUCCCAUCCACCGCCGGCCGUGCACCACAUACCAAAAUCGCCCAACCAGCACCAACCACCGCUAGGGCACGUCGUCCACCAUCCCCAGCAAGCUUUAAGUGCAACGUCCGGCUCGUCCACCGCAAGCGCAGUGGCGUCAGCUCCCCAACAGCUGACCGGCGGCAGCGGCGGUCUGAGCAAUCAUAUCGCCCACCCGAUCGUGAUGCCGUCGGUCGCCCCGUCGUCCUCGGCGUCCUCCUCCACCGGGCCACCCACCGUCAGCCUGAUGUCCGUGUCGAUGAACAGCGCGCAGCUGGCGGGCCACAUCCUGCAGCCGGUCGGCGGUGGUGCCCUAUCCGGUUCCUCACUCUCCAUCCAGCAACAGACGUCGGUGGCGGCGUCGGCAGCGGCUGGUGGUGGCCAACAGCAGCAAUCGCAGCAACACAUGUCCAACUCGCUACACGGACCCAUCGGACUGCCACCGGCACCGCAGACCGUCGACGGCGGAAGCAACGGCCCGACGGUGGCGACCCCGAACUGGAACUGCGUCCCGGUCGGACUCUCGUCGCCGACGGCUUCGUCUGCGGCCGCCGCACACCGGAGGGCGGAAGUGAACGCUAAGCUGAAUGCGAUGCCUUGGUUCCACGGGCGGAUAAAGCGGGAAGAGGCGGAGUCGCUGCUGAAACCGCGGGAAGACGGACUGUUUCUGGUGCGGGAAUCGACCAACUUCCCGGGCGACUACACGCUAUGUGUGUGUUUCAACGAAAAGGUCGAACACUAUCGCAUCAAGUACGUGGACAACAAGCUUACGAUCGAUGACGAUGAGUACUUCGAUCACCUUGGCCAGCUGGUGGAGCACUAUACGCUCGACUCGGACGGUCUCUGCACGAAGCUGAUGAAUGCACUGCCGAAGGAAGAGUUCUGCGUGAAGGACUUCCAGGACAAUGGGUGGGAGAUCAAGAUGGACGACCUGCAGCUGAAGGAGAACAUCGGCAAGGGUGAGUUCGGGGACGUGAUGCUCGGCAUACUGAAGGGCGAGAAGGUGGCGGUGAAGGUGCUGAAGGAUGCGGGCCGAGCGUCGAACAAGUUCUUGGCCGAGGCGGGCGUCAUGACUACGCUGGAGCACGAAAAUCUCGUCAAGUUCAUCGGACUGGUGUUCCACGAUAAGUACAUCUACCUGGUGACGGAGUACAUGAGCAAAGGCUCGCUGGUCGACUAUCUGCGAUCGCGCGGUCGGCAGCACAUCACGCGAAAGGACCAGAUCAACUUUGCUUAUGACACCUGCUGCGGUAUGGAGUAUUUGGAAACCAAAAAAGUCAUCCACCGGGAUCUGGCCGCACGGAACGUGCUCAUUUCGGAGGAUUGCGUCGCGAAGGUGUCCGACUUUGGGCUUGCCCGGGACGAGCGGUACACCGGCGACAGCAGCAAGCUGCCAAUCAAAUGGACCGCUCCGGAGGCACUGAAAGAGGGCAAAUUUUCCAAUAAAACCGACAUGUGGAGCUUCGGUAUCCUGCUAUGGGAAAUCUAUUCCUUCGGUCGCGUUCCGUACCCGAGAAUUCCAUUGGCCGAUGUGGUGAAACACGUCGGGAGCGGGUACAAAAUGGAGGCACCCGAAGGCUGUCCACCGGAAAUCUACGAAAUGAUGCGCCAAGCGUGGGAUCUGGUGCCCGACAAGCGGCCAACCUUUGCGGAGCUCAAGCGACGGCUCUACAGCUGCAAGCGGGAAACGGCCAACACCUACGUGACGUAGAGAGGCACACACGGGAAUCGGUAAAAUGAUCCUUCCACCCGGCAGAGAAAGCACGUGCGUCGCACGCCGGUAGUUUUUAGGUUCGCUCCUCAUACGCACACGCAGCAUUUUUCUCGAAGGCUCCGAAACGGGCCACUCAUUAUGGAGGAGGGUCACCAACGGGUUUUUUUGCGUUUGCGUAAAUCCCUGUGGUCGAACCGUGUACAGACAGUGUGAUAUGGUCCGUCACGUGCCCAACCGAAUACAGCUCUACGUUGCCGUUGCCCGUUCACUGAGGAUCCGUGUUAGGGUUGAGUGAACGACUCAUUUUACUUUUAAUGACAACCAAUGGGCCAAGCAGUUUACGUGUGAAUCCCUGCAAUCAAUCAACAAACGAGUGGCUUUCUUACGAGCCUGCCAGCGGCAGCGGCUGCUGCCAGCGGCCAGCAGCCACCUCCGGCUUCUCAGGUGCUCCUCAGAUCGCCAGAUACAGCUUCUGUUAUUGUUUUCUAGUAAAGCCAUGGCCGCAUUUCGAACUUCCCGCUGCGAAAACAGGAAUCCAAAAAUGAAACAAUGGUCAACCUUUUGAUGCUGAGUACCGCGGUGAAUUGCAACUUGACAAACAUAAUAAUCGUAACAUCAGGUAAAACCUUAUGGGCCGCGUGGUGUGCAGGUGUGA